UAGCCCUCGGAGAGGUACCAGAUGGGACUGUGGUGACUGUCAUGGCGGGUAACGAUGAAAAUUAUUCUGCUGAACUCCGGAAUGCCUCUGCGGUCAUGAAAAACCAAGUAGCCAGGUUCAACGAUCUGAGAUUUGUGGGCCGCAGUGGACGAGGCAAGAGUUUCACCUUGACCAUAACUGUCUUCACUAAUCCUCCCCAAGUAGCCACCUAUCACAGAGCUAUUAAAGUUACCGUGGACGGACCCCGGGAACCUCGAAGGCACAGACAGAAGCUUGAUGACUGUAAACCUAGUUUGUUCUCUGACCGCCUCAGUGAUUUAGGGCGCAUUCCUCAUCCCAGUAUGAGAGUAGGUGUCCCGCCUCAGAACCCACGGCCCUCCCUGAACUCUGCACCAAGUCCUUUUAAUCCACAAGGACAGAGUCAGAUUACAGACCCCAGGCAGGCACAGUCUUCCCCACCGUGGUCCUAUGACCAGUCCUAUCCCUCCUACCUGAGCCAGAUGACGUCUCCGUCCAUCCACUCCACCACUCCGCUGUCCUCCACGCGGGGCACUGGCCUUCCUGCCAUCACCGAUGUGCCCAGGCGCAUUUCAGAUGAUGAUACUGCCACUUCUGACUUCUGCCUCUGGCCUUCCACUCUCAGUAAGAAGAGCCAGGCAGGUGCUUCAGAACUGGGCCCUUUUUCAGACCCCAGGCAGUUCCCCAGCAUUUCAUCCCUCACUGAGAGCCGCUUCUCGAGCCCACGAAUGCACUACCCAGCCACCUUCACUUACACCCCGCCAGUCACCUCAGGCAUGUCCCUCGGUAUGUCCGCCACCACUCACUACCACACCUACCUGCCACCACCCUACCCGGGCUCUUCCCAAAGCCAGAGCGGACCCUUCCAGCCCAGCAGCACUCCGUAUCUCUACUAUGGCACCUCGUCCGGGUCCUAUCAGUUCCCCAUGGUGCCGGGGGGAGACCGCUCUCCUUCCAGAAUGCUUCCGCCAUGCACCUCCACCUCGAAUGGCAGCACGCUAUUAAACCCAAAUUUGCCCAACCAGAGUGAUGGUGUUGACGCUGACGGGAGCCACAGCAGUUCCCCAACCGUUCUGAAUUCCGGUGGCAGAAUGGAUGAAUCUGUUUGGCGACCAUAUUGAAAUUCCUCCAGCGGUGGCCCAGCGGUGCCUGGGAACCACACCCUAAGUGUAUCAAUAUAUACAUAUAUAGAUAGAGAGCGUAUAUAUGUAUAUCGAUCCGCUUACCUACAAAGUGCCUACUUUUUCUUUCUGAAAGAAGAUUUUUUUUUUCCCUUCACUUUAGUUGCGAUCUAAGAGGGUAGAUGCUGAUAAGCCAAAGGCCCGAGAGAGACCAUCCUCACCGGGUUUCAUUUUGUUUUCUAUGUAAGAUGAACUUUUUCCACAAAGGUGUGCACACCAAGGAAGCGGUGCAUGUGGUUUGUUGUUGUUGUUGUUUGGUUGGUUAUCAGACAUCAUCUGUCUACGUGUCCAUUCAGAGAGUGGGGACUCCGGGGCUCAGGAAGAAGGGGAGAGUGAAGCUGAAGCACUUCCUCCCUGGGCUUUGAAGCCACACGCCCUCACGGUUGCAGCUGUGUGUGGACCAGUGCAGCCUGCGCAGCUGACAGCCAGACCAGGUGCAAGGCCGGGGAGGGAGGGACGGAGGGACGG